AUGUAAAAUAAUAGAACAAACUAUUUACGAAUCAAAUGGCAAGUUAAACAAAGAAUGGGUGCUUACAUUAUUGUCUUAAAUAUUCAUUCUGUAUAUGAAAGUUGAAGAAGUAAAAUGGUUCAGCAUUUUUUCGAUGUCAAAGUUCAAUCAAAGAAGAUGUGAAAUUUAUACUCUUGUAAAUUUAUCGUUCAUUUAUGGUUAUAGUGACCAAGAAGAAAUUCAUUUGCUGCUUUCUAUAAUUAGAAUUGAUGAUGUUAGAAUAAGUGUAGAAGUUCUUAGAAUAUUUUUUUUGUAAACAUACAAUACUGUGAUUCUCAUAAAAUCUAGUAAUAUUAUAGAUAUUUAAAUUAGAGUAGAUAAGAAGAUUAAUAAUGUAAUCAUUCAUUUCUUAUUUGAAAUGAUUUAGUCUUUUAAUGGGCUAUCCUUCUAAGUGGUUUUUAUGUCUCAGAGAUCUCCUGCUUAUCUUAAUUUCCUGUUUCGAUAUCAAUCACAAUUAAAGAUUUCUUAAACUCCACUUUUUUUCUUUAAAAUUUUGUUACUGGUGCCAAUAUUUUUGAAUCUUAUCUUUUUAGGAAUAGCUUAGUUCGUUUUUAGUGUCUCUCAUAUUCAACAGGAGAUGCGUUUCGCGACUCUUGGGCUAUGAUAGGAAUUUCAGGUAAAGAUCUCUAAAAUCUCUUUGGUCUGGCUGGGACUAUUUUA